UUCGAAAGAGGCUUGCAGUCUAGACAUAGUCAAAGGGAAGAGUGCUAUAGAAAUGCAAAGUGUUAUUUGACGAUGUCCAUAUGUCAUUUCAGAUACCAAAGCACACAAAAAGGUGCAGUUGCCUUUUGAUUCCAUGUAUGUCUGUAAGUUCUAUGAUAGUAAUAGACAGUUUGAGCUAAGUGUGAGCAGCAAAUACAUUGGAACCUGUUAAAUGUGGACCCUAAAUGUAUGGGUCCCGUAAAAGAAAUAUUAGGAUUAUAACACUUCCAAACAAAUGUUUUAGGAAAGCUAUUUACAGUGUGUAUUGUGUAAAUAUUAGGUUUGCAGUCUUCCCAGAAUUUCUACAUAACCCACAUACUGAUUAUUCAUUAACUGAAUCUAGUAAAUAGGUUUUCAUUUUGAGAUCUGGUGUUUCCAAAAUGGAAGGGCGAGUCUUUGUCGCAGUGCUGGUGUUUUCCUCACUUACAGUAUUAACAGAAAAUACUGAGCACAAGAAUGCCAUUGAAAUCUACAGCCUGCAUGUGGACUCUCUGGUUACGUCUCGAUUUGCUCAUACCGUUAUCACCAGCAGAAUUGUCAACACACUUAACAAAUCUCAGGAGGCAGUUUUUGAAGUGGAAUUACCUAAGACAGCUUUCAUCACUAACUUCAGCAUGUCAAUUGAUGGAGUGACAUAUCCUGGAACAAUAAAGGAGAAGAAAUCCGCACAAGAGCAAUAUGACACUGCGGUUUCGCACGGUCAAAGUGCUGGCCUUGUCAAAGCCGCUGGAAGGAAAAUGGAGCAGUUUCAUGUUUCUGUCAAUGUUGCAGCAGCCAGCAAGGUUACCUUUCAGCUGACAUAUGAGGAGCUGUUGAAGCGACAGCUGGGGAAGUAUGAAUUGUUAUUUAAGGUCAGACCCAAGCAGCUUGUUAAACAAUUUCAGAUUGAUGUCCACAUCUUUGAACCCCAAGGUAUAAACUUCCUGAAAACUGACAGCACCUUUAUGACAAAUGAGUUAACUGAAGCUCUUACAAAGGUGCAGAAUGAGACCAAGGCUCAUAUUUUAUUUAAACCAACAAUAGCUCAACAGAAGAAGAGUCCUGAACUUGAGGAAACCCGCCUUGAUGGAGACUUUAUUAUACGUUACGAUGUUAAAAGACGUGUCAAUGCAGGAGAUAUACAGAUUGUAAAUGGGUAUUUUGUGCAUUACUUUGCACCCAGCGAAAUGCCAACAUUUCCCAAAAAUGUCAUCUUUGUUGUAGAUCAAAGUGGAUCUAUGUCAGGCAGAAAAAUUGAGCAGACAAGAGAUGCCCUCCUGAAGAUUUUGGAAGACCUCAGACCUGAAGAUCAUUUUAGCUUAAUAACUUUUAGUAGCAGGGUUUCUGAAUGGAGGAAUUCUUUAUUGCAAGCAACUGGACAAAAUGUGGAAAGUGCUAAAAGAUAUGUUAAAACUAUUAUGGCUCAUGGAGGAACAGAUAUCAACAAAGCUCUACUGACUGCAGCCGACACCCUGGAUAAGGCCAACUACGCAGAGAUUUUGCAAGCACAAAGCAUUUCCAUGAUAAUUUUGCUGACAGAUGGUCAGCCAACUGUUGGUGUUGAAGAUGUUCAAACAAUUCAACAGAACAUACAGAAGGCUAUCAAUGGGAAGUAUGUUCUUUAUUGCCUUGGCUUUGGUUUUGAUGUCAGUUACAAGUUCCUUGAGAAGAUGGCCCUAGAAAAUGGAGGAAUAGCCCGUCGUAUAUAUGAGGACUCUGAUUCAGAGUUGCAGCUCCAGGGCUUUUAUCAAGAAGUGGCUACUCCUGUAUUAAAGGAUAUUGAAAUACAGUAUCCAGAAAAUUCCAUCUUGGAAUUAACUCAGAACAGUUUCAAACUGUUUUUUGAUGGUUCUGAAAUUGUGGUAGCUGGAAAAAUUGACAAUGAGGUUGACGUUUUGCCAGUGGAAAUUCAAGCUCUAUCACAUACCAGUAACUUGACUUUUAAUGAGGAAGCAAAUGUAAGAGAAAAGGAGAAAGUUUUUCAACAUCAGAAGUACAUUUUUGGAAAUUUCAUUGAGCGAUUGUGGGCUUACUUAACCAUUCAACAACUGCUGGAAAAAUCUGUUUCAGCUCAAGAGGAACAGCUGAAAAACUCGCAGGUAGCCCGAGCAUUGGAACUAUCUCUGAAGUACAGCUUUGUUACAUCUCUCACUUCCAUGGUGGUCACCAAACCUGAUGAUCAACAGAAAUUCCAGCUGGCAAACAAACCAACUGAAUCUGAUAAUGAGAGGUCACGACUUACUGUAGCUUCAGGUUCCACACGCUCAAGAAGCUAUACAAUGAAAGUCUUACAUUCUCGAGGGUCUGAUGAUGAUGAUAGUAUGCUAAGAAGUGAUGUACAUUUUCAUGAUUCUGCAAUAACCGUAGGAAGGACUAUAUAUGAAAGUGCUUCUGCAACAAAAUUCCGUAAGCCCGACUCUUUCAGGAGAAGAAAACCAUUACCAGGGGUUUACAGUGCUCUUGUAUUUUCGCCAGAGCAUCUUGAAUAUCCACAUUUCAUCUUGCAAUUGCCCAGACAAAAUGAAGUCAUUUGUUUAAAUAUUGAUGGACAACCGCAAUCUUUCAUAAACCUAAUAUCAGAUCCCGAAAAAGGAAUCUCUGUGACUGGCAAGCUUGGGAGAAAUGCAAGUCACUUUGUGCUGUUUGAAAUUACCUACUUGGAUCGUCGUGUGCAAGUCCGGGUGUCAAAGGAAGGAGCUGUGCUGAAGUAUGGUGGUCAAAACUCCAAACUCUCAUGGACAAAGUCUGCCUCCUCCACAAUCCAAGGGGUGGAGAUCACAGUUGAAAAGGAAAGAAGUCUGACAGUAUCAGCAUCUGAGAACAUCACAAUGAAAAUUUCUUUUGUAAAGUCUCCAAAUCAUUUCCUUGGGUUAUAUUUCAUGGAUACUGACCUUUUUUCUGACAAAGCCAGUGGACUUCUUGGUCAAUUUUACUUCGACACACAUUUGGAAACUAACCCUGGAGCAAGUCUGGGACAGCAAGAAAGAGUUCUUAAUGUUCAUGGACAAAAGCAUAGAGUUAACAGACAAUCCAAGAAAGAUUACAGGCUAGAGUCAACCACUGGAUUUAUUUCCUGCUGGUCAUUACACAUGAAGGCCAUAUAAA